AUGGAGAUGGAGUCAAGAAAAGCCGGCACGGGGCCUUUUUUUCUUGUUCAAGCAAGUUUCUUCGACUGUGGUGGAUUGGCAAUUGGUACUUGCUUGUCGCACAAGUUAGGUGACGCAACCACAGUGCGCUUAAUCCUAAAAUACUGGUCUGCCAUAGCUCUUGGCCACCAUGACCAUGCCGAUAUACCAUGCUUGGAUUCGACGUCCCAAUUCCCUCCAAGAGAUUUCUCGAUCCCGUAUAGUUCUGCGGUGUUGGAAAGGACAAGGACCGUAACAAGGAGAUUCGUGUUGGAUGCAUGGAAGAUUGCAGCUCUUAAGGCUAAAGUUUCCAGCGCAAGCGUGCCGAAGCCUACUCGGGUUGAAGCCGUGUCCGCUCUAAUUUGGAGAUCAGCAAUGGCUGCAUGGAGAUCAUCAAACAAAGGGAUAGCGAAAAAAUCUGUGCUAACACACACAGUGAACAUUAGGAAAUUGGCGGAGCCGCCGUUACCUGAGAAUUCAAUGGGAAACCUGAUUGCGUUCUGGUCGGCACGAACAGAUGAAAAGUUGGAGAGUCAAAGAGACAUGAAAGGUUUAGUUGUUGAAUUGAGGAAAGGAAAGAAGAAAUUCAGUGAAAAUGAAGCAAGAAGACUUGGAAUAUUGGAAGUGAUAUCUGGGUUAAUCAAAGAGGCAGGAGAGACAAGGGGACGAGAUGAUACAAACAGCUUAAUAUUUACCAGUCUGUGCAACUUUGGAUUAUAUGAGACAGAUUUUGGGUGGGGAAAACCUAUGUGGGUUACUGUUCCUAAUCCUUCACAUAAGAACUUAGUGACAAUGAUGGACACAAGGGAUGGUGAUGGUGGAGUAGAGUUUUGGUUAUGUUUGAGUGAGGAAGAUAUGGCAUUGUUUGAACGUGAUCCUCAGCUUCUUGAAUUUGCUUUACCAAAUCCAAGUCUGUUACCCUUUGGGCCCCUCAAAUGGAGCUCUGCUCUUUAA